UGUCUAGUUAUUUUCAUUGGUUAGCUGCUUCAAACUUUUUUUUAAACCCUCAAAGCUUCACAAGGUUUUUCUUUCUUUCUUUUAUUUUCCUUUUAGGGAUAAAUAAUGGGAGGGUUCAAGCAUCUUGUUGUUGUGAAGUUCAAGGAAGAUGUGGUGGUGGAGGGGAUUUUGAAAGGUAUGGAAAAGCUGGUUUCUGAGGUUGAUGCUGUCAAGUCCUUUGAGUGGGGACAGGACAUAGAAAGCCCAGAGAUGCUUAGACAAGGAUACACUCAUGCCUUCUUGAUGACGUUCGAAAAGAAAGAAGAUUACACUGCAUUUACCAGCCAUCCCAGUCACAUUGAAUUCUCCGCCACUUUUGUUACUGCCAUUGACAAGUUUGUGGUGCUUGAUUUCCCUUCGGUUCUUGCAAAAUCUCCGGCUUGAUCUGCAAGAAAGAAAAAAGCUACCCAGGAAUUUAAGUGCUUGAGUAUUUGUUAUGUUUAAUCUUUCUGUUGUUUGCAUCUCUAUGUUUUCUGCUUAUGUGUUAUGGCUUUCUGCCAUUGCUGUCAAUUCCCCAAUAAUCACAAUUUGUAUUAUUGAUAUGCAAAAAUUCACAUGCAUUUUGCUUCUUUUUCUCUGAA